CUAACCUGAAAAUUUCAGUAGACUAUUUUUGACUUUUGUUGCCACUUUUUAUCAAUUUAAAACAAAAAUAGUCAUUAGUGUUCAGUUAAUUAGGAAAAUACUCGAUGGCGAAUAAAGAAUUCAAGCUCAGCAAAACCCUCUACGGGCACUCGCUGGACGUGAGAUCGAUUUCGAUUACCCCAAACGAUGAUAUUGUUAGCGGAUCGAGAGACAAAACCGCAAAAUUUUGGAAAUGCAAUCCUUUCCAGAAUACGCACGAAGAAGUCAUGAGCUACAUAGGCCAGAAAAACUUUGUGGCUAGUGUCCUGUACCUCGAUCCCACUGAAGAGUUUCCAGACGGUUUAGUUGUGACCGGAGGAAACGACCAUGUAAUUCUUAUUUAUAAGCCUUCAGAACCUUUUGCUACGUUCACUAUCAAAGACCAUUCUAAUACGGUUAGUUGUUUAGCCAAAACUCAGGAAACAAAUGCAUUUUUGAGCGGUUCUUGGGAUAUGACUGCAAAACAUUUUAAAAUAAUUAAUGGAUCACCGAAAUGUAUUGCUACAUUUACAGGACAUGCUGCCGCUAUUUGGAGUGUUUUGCAAUUGAAUAAUACAAAAGUUAUUACUGCUAGUGCGGAUAAAACUAUUGGAGUGUGGGAUAAUAAUGGUCAAAAAUUACAAUCCCUAACUGGCCAUACGGAUUGUGUGAGAUCAUUAGCUGAUUUUCCUGAACUUAAUAUUUUUAUGAGUACUGCUAAUGAUGCAGCAAUUAAAGUUUGGAACUAUGCUGGUGAGAAUUUAAAUACCUUUUAUGGCCAUACAAACUAUAUUUACAGUAUAGCAAGGUGUAAAGCAGAAGGAGCUGAAUGUUUUGUUUCCUCAGAUGAAGACAGAACAGUCAGGUAUUGGGAAAAUGGGGUUAAUGUACAAAGUAUAACUUUACCAGCUCAAUCAAUUUGGUCAGUGGCAUGUUUGCAAAAUGGUGACAUUGUUACAGGCAGUAGUGACGGUCUUGUACGAAUAUUCACUAGAGAUGAGUCUAGAUAUGCUGAGGAAUCAGCUCUGAUCAAAUUUGCUGAAGAAGUUGAAGCAUUGCAGAGGCAAAGUGUUCAAGAAAUUGGCGGUGUGAAAGUGUCAGAUUUGCCUGGAAGAGAAGCUUUGUAUGAUCCUGGUAAACGAGCUGGACAGAUGAAAAUGGUUCGGGAAGAGGGUAAAGUUGUGGCUUACACAUGGGUUUUGGAUGGGGACAACAGUCAUUGGGAAAAAGUGGGUGAUGUAAUGGGCGGAACAGAUAAAGAUUCCACUGGAAAAACUAUGUAUGAAGGAAAAGCGUAUGAUUUUGUAUUUGUUGUUGAUGUGGAAGAUGGAAAACCUCCUUUGAAGCUUCCUUAUAACAAAGGGGAUGAUGUGUAUAAAGCUGCCAAUGCUUUUAUAACUAAAAACUUUUUGCCUGCUGAUUAUUUAGAACAAAUUGUAGAUUUUAUACUUAAAAAUAGCAAAGAACAGUAUGUUCCUCCAACCAAUGCGGCCUAUCAAGAUCCAUUCACAGGAGGAAGUAGAUACACUCCAAGUUAUCAAGACACUACUGGACAAGUUGGGACGAAUGUGGAUCCUUUCACUGGUGCCAGUAGUUAUGCUACAAGUACUGCCAGACCUGCUUCAAGUUCGGCUGUAUCAAAUAGUGGAGGCAAUGCAGAUCCUUUUACAGGAAGUUCAAGUUACACCACAACGCCACAAACAAGUUUCGGUUACUUUCCUGUUUGUGCCUACAGAACUUUUGAUGCAGGAGAUCCGACAGUUAUCCUUAAAAAAAUUAAAGAAUUCAAUGAAAAACUUUCUGACAACAAAGCUACCGAUGAAGACUUGGAAAAACUCGGCUUGCUUUGUUCAGGCCCAGUAAAUGACGUUUUAUCUUACGAGUUGUUGUUUAAACUACUAGACUGGCCCGAAGAUAUGGUUUUUCCUGUUUUGGAUGUAGUUCGGAUGGCUGUUAAGGACCCAAUCAAUAAUAAUUUAAUUGUAGCGUUGAAUGAUGGACAAAUAAUGGAAAAACUUAAAAAGUUUAUUAGUAAUUCUAGUAACGUACCUAACAAUACUAUUGUGGGGCUUAGGUCACUUUGCAACUUAUGUGUUCAUGAUGCCGGGGAGAACUUGGUCUUUGAUAACAGAUUUGACAUAGUGGAAAGUAUUACUACAUUAGGCCAACUCAACAAAAACGGCCAAAUAGCUCUUGCAACUCUAUUGCUAAACCUUACAAUCUUGUCCAUAAGAAAAAACGAUGAUCUUGGUUAUUCAGUUUUAGUCCAAGUCUUGCCGGAUAUAAUUACCAAAUUUACCGAUGUAGAGUCGCAUUUUAGAAUAUACGUGGCUCUAGGCACUCUAGUAACCCAAUCGAAUUUGCACAAACAAGAAAUUGUCAGCAAAGUCAAUGGAAAUCAAAACUUUUUGACUACUUUGCAGUUGCACAGUUUUGGAGGUAACGAUUUGGAGAACAAGAGGGGCAACUGUGUUAAGCAGCUCCAGAAGUUACUUUAACUUUUUUUAAUAAAUUAUGCUAGGAAGAAUUUUGUGUGCAUUUUAGCCAUGGUGUUCAGUAAAUAAAAAUCGUGAAUGAUUUUCAGACUUUUAAUUUGUUUUUCUUUUGAUCCCUGGUACUUUGAGACAAAAAAAUAAGGGAUUUCCAAUGUUCGUUUGCAGAUUUCAUCCAUAAUCGUCAUCCAAAUUGAAAUAAAAAGACAAACUCGAAAUAAAUAAUUUAAUAAUACAUCUAGUAAUACAAUAUUAUGUAACAAAAAAUAAAUUUGUUUAAAAAAACACAAAUAAAUCACUUUGCACUUUUUUGGUUGUCAGCUGCGGUACCAGUAAUCGACCAGAAGUCUCUCAGGGCACAACCGAUACCAAUUUGAGUUUGGUUGAAGUAAAUCAGGGCUCCAAGUGUCGUGGCAGAAACCACGUAUAGCAAUGCGAUAGCAAUUUUCGAUAGGAUUGGACCUACAACGAUCGGCCUGGCGUAAUCAAUCACACAGGCUUCUAG